AUGCGUCAAUCCAUUGCUAUUCUCUCCAUCCUAGCAAGCGCGGCUUGUGCUCAAGACGUCGUCAGCUUCUUUUUCCCUGGUGGCUACGAUGGCGUUGACCCUGUCGCGACCAUUAACACCGUCAAUCCCUCCACUACCGAGUUUCACAUCGCCUGCCCUACGGAUACCGACGACAGCGACGAAUGUGGCUGGGGCCCAGGCCUCGAUGUCACUAUCCUCUCCCAAACGCGCUUCCAAGCCCAGAUGUCGACCGACGUCGUAUCAAUGAGCCUCGGAUGCGACUACAACGAAAAGGCAGUUGAAAUGACUUGCACGGUGAACCAAGUAGGCGGCAACGAUGACACUGGCGGUGAACCUAUCACAGCGACGCUCUCCAGUGACGACGUGAAGUUCCUCUCCGCUACUGUUGUUGCUGGAAACAGCCUCUUGACUGAUGCUGGAAGUGCUAUUUCUAGCAUGACUGAGUUCGCGCAAGGCGGUAGCACUAUUGCUACUACAACAAGGAGUGCCAGUGCAGGUCUGAUGACCCCCAGUGGAUCUGUCAUGCCGACCAGCACAAUGGCUUCGGCUUCGGAGGCUACGUCUGCUGCUAGUGGCUCCUCCUCAGCGUCUGUGUCUGCGCCUGAGAGCACUGGUGCGGCUACCAAAUACGGUAUUGAGGGCUCUGUACUUCUCGCUCUUGCCGGUGCUGCUGCGCUGAACGUCUGGUGA